AUGAUUCACAUCCACAUUACGAUCGUGUUGGCUUUUUUGGUUUUUGCUCUACAUUUUGGUGCACAUGCUAUUCCAAUCACAACGACUACUGACUUAGAUAUACCUGGCUCGACGGGUAGCCCCAGUCUUCCUCGUUCUGCUCCCACGCUCUAUCCUCCUCCUGCUGCAAACCCUCCCGGCGCUAAUCCUACCAGCGCUAAUCCUCCCAGCGCAAACCCUCCCAGCGCUAAUCCUCCCAGCGCAAACCCUCCCGGCGCUAAUCCUCCCAGCGCAAACCCUCCCGGCGCUAAUCCUCCCAGCGCCAAUCCUCCCGGUGCUAAUCCUGGUAAUGAUGGUGACUCUCCAGGUCCAACAUAUCAAGAUGCUCCUCCUCCUUCUCUUACGCCGGCAAUCCCAGCAAGCACAAUGACAGUCAUAACAACUGUCAGAGAAACUGAAUACCCAGGGACAAUGUUUAUUAAGUAA